AUGUCCUCACGUUUACUCUUGUCAAGGACUGCAAAGUCUAUUAUUCAUCCAAGAUUGUAUAAUCGUGGACUUGCUACAGCUACCAACCUAUUACCAACUUUCCGAACCACCAUCCUUCCCAACGGCUUCACUGUUGCCACUGAAGAGAACCCAGCAUCGCAGACAGCUACAGUGGGUGUAUGGAUCGAUGCAGGAUCCCGUGCUGAACAUGUCCAAAACAACGGAUCAGCUCACUUUCUCGAACACAUGGCAUUCAAGGGCACCAAUCGACGUACACAACGUGACCUUGAACUCCAAAUUGAAAACAUGGGUGGCCAUUUGAAUGCGUAUACUUCACGUGAGCAAACGGUGUAUUAUGCCAAAUCCUUCAAACAUGAUGUUCCACAAGCUGUCGACAUCCUAUCCGACAUUUUACAAAACUCACGUCUUGAUCCUGGUGCCAUUGAACGUGAACGUGAUGUCAUUUUACGUGAGCAAGAAGAGGUGGAGAAGCAGAUGGAAGAAGUUGUCUUUGAUCACUUGCACGAAGCUGCUUUCAAGAACGAGUCGCUUGGCUUGACCAUCUUGGGUCCAAAGGAAAACAUCCAAUCCUUGACACGCAACGACUUGUCAAGCUACAUCAAGACCAACUACACCGGUGAACGUAUGAUUUUGGUGGGCACAGGCGGUGUGGAUCAUGAUGCCCUGGUUCGUUUGGCUGAGAACCAUUUCGGUGCAUUGCCAACCAUUGCAAGUGCUCAAACAAGCAAGAGUGCUAUGAAGAAAGCUGUUUUCUCGGGUGGCGAAUUUCGACUUGCCGAUAAUCAAGCACAACAAGCACAUGUUGCAUUGGCAGUAGAAGGUGCUAGCUGGACAUCACCCGAUUAUUUCCCCUUGUUGGUAAUGCAAUCCAUCAUUGGCUCUUGGGAUCGUACGCUUGGUGCUACCGGUCAUCUCACUUCAAGUCUUUCAUCGGUCAUGCACAACCAUCAACUCGCCAACUCGUUUAUGGCAUUCAACACAUCGUACAAGGAUACAGGUUUAUGGGGCAUCUACUAUGUAUCGGAAAACAAGGAUCGUCUCGAUGACCUUGUUCAUUGCACACAACGCGAAUGGAUGCGUCUCGCCACAACAGUAACUGCCAACGAGGUUGAACGUGCAAAGCAGCAACUCAAGGCGGGUCUUUUACUUGGUCUCGAUGGAAGCACCGCCAUUGCUGAAGAUAUUGGUCGACAACUCUUGACUUCAGGUGAACGCAUGUCCCCCAAGGAGGUCGAGAAAUUGGUUGCCAAGAUCACCGUCGACGAUGUGCGUCGUGUUGCGCAUGAUUAUCUCUAUGGAAAGCAAGCCGCAGUCGUUGCCAUUGGCCCUGUUGAUAAACUCUCCCCUUACCAACCUAUCUCCAACUAG